UAGGAAAGUAUAAAACAGCAGAGCUGUGUCUGUUCAUCCAGGAGCCUCAGCUCUCUAGUUCAACUCCACAAGACUUGGCAGGACUUGGUUUGAGGGGUGGAGGCUUCAGCAGCGAUGAAGACAACGCUUGCAGCCCUGAUACUUUGCCUGGUGGUGCUCAUGGCCUCUGCUUUCCCCUUUGAGAGGAAGGGGGCCUCACCAAGCUCUGCUGCUGCCAAGGAGAAGCAUGUGCAGUACGCGGCGAGGGACGACGUUAACAUCCUGGCCCACGGCCUGCUGCAGCUAGGCCAGAACCUGAAGGAGCACGUAGACAAAACCAAAGGCCAGAUGAGGGACAUCUUCACCAAGCUGAAAGCCUUCAACCGCACCACUGCCGAGCUGGGCAAAGAGAGCCAGAGGCAGCAGGUGGAGGGGGAGAGCCUGAGGGCCCAAGCUCGAGACCUGGAGGACAGAGAGGGCCAGCUCCUCAAUGUCACGGCUGAACUGAGGGAGAAGGUAGAGGAGAUGCAGCAGGAGAGGAGGACCAUGACCGAGAGGAUGAGCCGGCUGGAGGAGAGGGUGGACGGCAUGCUACAGGGACCCAGCAGCAGGAACAGCAGCGAUGCACGCAGCAUCCAGCUCAUGCUGGACUCUCAGAACAGACGUAUUGAUGAUCUGGUGGAGCGCAUCAGGCUCCAGCAGGAGAAACUGGACAAGCAGAACGUUCGCAUCAGGACGCUGCAGAGCCAGAUCCAGCAGCCCGGCCUGAGGCCCUCACCCCGGGGCAGCAGCAGCAGCGGCAGCACCGAGGGCUCCGCGCACAGCGACGCAGAGGAGCAGCGCGACUCGCCGCUCGAAAUGGCUACAGACUGUCAUGAACUGUUCCUGAGAGGAGAGACCACCAGCGGGGUCUACCCCAUCCAGCCAACUGACUCUGAGCCCUUUGACGUCUUCUGUGAGAUGACAGCUGAUGGUGGAUGGACAGUCAUCCAAAGACGCCAAGAUGGCUCCGUGGACUUUGACCAACUGUGGCAGGCUUACGAAAAAGGCUUUGGCAGCCUGAAUGGAGAGUUCUGGUUGGGCUUGGAAAACAUCCAUGCCAUCGCCAAAGAUGGCAGCUAUACCCUCAACAUCAAAUUCUCAGACUGGGGGGAUGACUCGGCAUCUGUCUGCUUCCCGUUUGAGCUUGGUGGAAGAGAAACCAACUACUCACUCCUGAUUCAGGAACCUGGCACCACCGAUGCGCUGGAGAGCUCCCUGACCACCGACUCAGCUCUCGCUCUGCCGUUCUCAACCCGGGACCAAGACAAUGACCGUAAAGGUGACAUUAACUGUGCCAAACACCUCUCUGGUGGGUGGUGGUUCAGCAACUGCGGUCGCUCCAACCUAAAUGGGAGAUAUUUCCAGAGCCCUCCUCCCAAACAGAGACACCAAAGGAAGCAAGCCAUCUUCUGGAAGACCUGGAGGGGGCGCUACUAUCCUCUAAAGUCAAGCAUAAUGAUGAUUGCUCCCGCCGCCAUCAACAAGUCUUAAAGAGUUGAAAGAGACAAAGAAGCAGAGUCUUGACUGUUCAUUCUUUAUUCAUUGCUGGUUUUUGUGUUAGACGCGCCCAACUCGUUUUUUCUUUGUGAGGGGGAAACCUGACACCAGAGCCCCAGUCCUGAAAACAGAAGGACAAAGUCAGAUGAAAAGAGUUUUCUGUGGUCUGUUGUGUGAAAAGACAGAUUCCUUACUGCUACAUGAGGCUACAGCCAAAGCCAAAUGUGCAGUGGAAAAUUUCUCUAAUAUGUUUUCCCGAUGAGGUUUCAUCCUGUAGAUGUGAGCAAGUCUCGGCUUGUGGACUGGGCUGGGAGUCAUCACGCAGUUUCCAACAAGCUCAGACGCCUCACUGGGGAUGAUGUGGCUUCUUGCUGAGGUUUGGUAAUUAGCAAAAGUGCAACAUGCGCCGGGGGGGGGGGUAGAAUCGGCGGACAAACAUGCGCCAACGGGGGGAGGUAACACUAUGUAAUGUGUUUUGAGGCAGUUGACCAAAAUCCCGGACGAUUUUGAAAUUCCCCCCGGACAUUUUUUUUGGUCUGAAAAGUAGGACAUGUCCGGGAAAAAGAGGACGUCUGGUCACCCUAAUUUACACUAGUGACAUGAUGAGUCAGCAAACUCUUAAAACCACAAGCUGUGGACCAAAUAACCAUCUAAAACAUAAACAGCAGAUUUCAGCAUGAUGAGGCUGGAGUUUGAUAACGGGGUGAACUGUUGUCAACUAGCUUUACGCUACGUUAGCAUCAAUAUUACUCAUCUUUCCUGCCUUUCUUAACACAUACUAUAUGUUCUAUAGUCAGAAUCGACUGAAAGUCUUCUUCACUGAUUUUUUUUUCCUCUGGAGGGUUUGAUAUUUAGUCAUAUUGACUAGUUCUUCAAUAAGUGGCAUUGUUUUGUACAUAUUUGAAAAAUGUCUGUUUUUUAGUAAAGUAUCUGUUUCUGAUCUUUGCCAGUUGACUUCAAAGUUUGAUGUUUUAAAUAUAUUUUUCUUAUUUAAAAUCCAUGUAUCUAUUAUGUGCUGCUUUCUGUUUGUAAUUUAUAUUGAGGUAUUUUGGGGGGGGAACUUAAGAGGGGGUAGAAGAAAAAUGACCAUUUUGGCCACAUUGAGCCAAUAAAACUGAUUUAAACAAA